GGACACUGGCAACACGGCGUCAAGCAUUGCAUCAUGUCUACCUCGAGGAGAUCUAGGACUACACACUCGCGUUUGUCAACCUCGACGAUAGGACGUCGUGCACACCGACAAUCUGCCGGCUUCCUCCCUAGCACCUUGGCUGCGUCGAUGGAGACACGACACCACGCAAGGCGACAGAACGCGACACACGUCCACACUCGCCUCCACGCCCGAACCAAUCACGCCUUGGUCGAAGCAGCACGACGGGGGACGAGGAACGGCGUGAAGACAGAGACGAGCGGGACCGCCAGCGCAAGGGCUACAACAUCGACCACACAAACAAAUGGAAUGUCUGGCGUCGGAGAAAGGACGACCGUGACCACCACGGUCACGGUGACCGUGCUUGCCGUGCCCAUGACACGUGCAAGCAGACGGGCAGGGAGGCCUACCAUGAGCGAGAACGCUCGCCCAGGCGCAGGACCUAGGCGGAGGAAGCAGGCAUGGGGGGUGACAUCACCUGGAGGCCGCCAAGAACGUGGGUGAAGACACCACGGCCAUCACCAGCGUGCCUCAGCAGCUGCCUCAACUCAGCCCUCUACGCGACAAGAAGGCCAUUGAGCUGCAAUUUCUCUUCACUAACCGUGCCUCGAUGAUGCAGGAGGCGGCGAAGAAUUUUUUUGUGCAGGCAAUAGGGGAGGCAACAGGGGAUGGUGGACAGGGAACCAGUGCCACUGAACAUGCUCUACUACGACUACAUUGGCAAAGUAUCAACGCUGGCAGACAAGCUCCGUCUUCCCUACAAGGGGAUUGAAAUCUGGUCCGAGGAUCGCGGACACAAGGCAAACAACAACGACCCAUCGAUGACCAAGGUGGCAGAUGCGUUCACACGCAUACUGGAGGACAUACCUGCUGCAGGAAACAAGCUGGAUGGUGGCGCUUUCAUCUCCGUCCAGGAGGUUGACGCAGCCUUGCAGAAGCUCCAGAUGUCACCCGACCUCACCAACGACACCGAUGACACAGCAUGCCUCGAUGCCAGCAACACUGAUGGAGCUGUCCCCUAUCCGUCGCGAUUCAGGGAAACGCAGAGCACAGCAGCCCCAGCGGCAACACCAUCAUCAGGACGUUCUUCACCAGGUUGGAGCCAAUCCUCCGUAGCGACGAGCCUACAAUGGAGGAGCAGAACCCGCAAGCACAAAAGGAGAUGCCUAAACGUCAUCGUCCAUGACGCGUGUUCGACAUGUCAACGUUAUGCUGCAGCGCGAGACUAUCCACCCGUAGACCUAUGCCAGCGGUUCAACGUGCGCAGCACAAUCUAUGUCGCAAACUUGGUCUUCUAACUGAUGAAAUGCAGCCCAUCAAGGCUGCACUGCAGGAGUUCUUGGCUAUGUUUCAGGGGCCACUUCCUCAAGAUGUGAUCACGGCGCUGACUGUGGCAUUCAACUUAGAAGACCCUGUUGCUGAGGAGCUUGAUGAAGCUAUGGCUGUGGUGGCAGGAGAAGCCAUCGCUGACAUCCAGGAAGCCAACAACAACUUGCAGGCAGAAGCUCUUCAGGCAGCCACUAGACUUCUUGCUCAGGACCUCAUUCAUAGCACUCCAGUUUGUUAUGUUAACUGCAUCGUCUUAACUAUCUAGCAGUGCAAGGAGCCAGUGCAAGGAGCCACUGCAUCAAGUUUCAGUUAUUCAGUGACUUAGCUUUCAAUUGGGUUGUAAUCCUAAAGCCAGAACAUUUCAAUGGUUGCUUAACUACCUUUGCAUAGGCGUUUAUUCACUUGAUGUCUGCGCUUCUAUUGACGGUGGUCCUGUUGAUGAAGCCGAGUGUCGCCAUGUGUCUCAGUGCUUUCUUCUGCCAAACCGAGAAGCCACAGCUCUUGAAUUGCAUUGCUUGUCCUGUCGAUGCUAAAGAUACAUCAUGUCACAAAUGAACCUUGAAGUCUUAUGUUGGAAUGUGAGAGGGCUAAACUGGAGAGCUAGGAGAGACACGGUCCGAGAGAUAAUCUUCGCCACACUAUGCCACAUUGUGUGUCUGCAAGAAACGAAGCUAAGCAAGAUAGACCAAUUUACGAUCGCGUAUCUGGGAGGGCACAGGCUUGACAGUUACACUUACAAACCAGCGGGGGGCCUCAGUGGCACGAGGGGCGGCAUUCUUCUAAUGUGGAACACCAAUCAUGUCACGCUUAACAACGUAGUCAUAGGAGAGUAUCAUAUCACAGCAAAGGUAAUAACGCAAGAAAUGACAAACAACUUCACACUUUCAGUGGUAUAUGGCCCAACCGGGUCUAACAGGAAAGCAAAAUUCCUCUCAGAACUUCAAAACCAAAAGCCCCAAGCCGGUUCUCAAUGGCUCAUCCAAGGCGACUUUAAUCUCAUCUACAA